CCGGAAGUGAUUUCAGAGCGAGGAAGUGGACAAGAUGGCGGUAGCUGUGCGCACCCUGCAAGAACAACUGGAAAAGGCUAAGGAAAGCCUGAAAAAUGUGGAUGAAAACAUACGAAAACUGACCGGCCGGGACCCAAAUGAUACUAGGCCUGCCCCAGCUAGGCGGCUGACCCUGACAGGCCCUAAUGCUAUUGGAGGUAGAGGACGUGGUGGCAUCUUGCUAAGGCGUGGACUCUCGGACAGUGGAGGAGGACCCCCAGCCAAACAACGAGAUUUUGAAGGUGCACUCGGCAGGCUGGGAGGAGAUCGUCGGCAACGGAGAGAGUCACGUCAUGAAAGCGACGCAGAGGAUGAAGAUGACAAAAAACCAGCAUUGCAGUCCUCGGUGGUUGCUACCUCCAAAGAGCGUACACGCCGAGAUCUUAUACAGGACCAAACAAUUGAUGAAAAAGGCAAACAAAGAAAUCGGCGUAUAUUUGGCCUGUUAAUGGGUACCCUACAGAAAUUUAAACAAGAAUCAAAUGUGGCUACAGAAAGGCAAAAAAGACGUCUAGAAAUUGAACAAAAGCUUGAAGUACAAGCAGAAGAAGAAAAGAAACAGGUGGAAAAUGAGAGGCGAGAACUCUUCGAAGAGAGGCGUUCUAAACAGACAGAGCUGAAGCUAUUGGAACAGAAAGUUGAGCUUGCACACUUACAAGAAGAGUGGAAUCGCCACAAUGUAAAAAUUAUUAAAUACAUAAGAACAAAAACCAAGCCUCACUUGUUAUAUAUACCUGGUAAAAUGUGUCCACCAACUCAAAAGCAACUAGAGGACUCUCAGAAAAAGUUUAAUUCUAUAUUUGAAAGCAGGCGUAUUGAAUUUGCAGAACAGUUAAACAAAAUGGAAGCUAGGCCUAGGCGCCAAUCCAUGAAAGAAAGAGAGCAAGAGGUGAAACAUGAAGAACAGAAUGAAGAAUCUAAGGAGGAUCGAGAGGAUGGUAAGGUGGCUCAACAUGAGGAAGAGUUGGAGACAGGUAAUCAGCCAAAUGACAUAGAGAUGGAGGAUAGCUUAAUGGAAGAGAAGGAAGUAGAUGCUGGUGAUAGGGAUGUAGGUAUAUCUCAGGAGAAUAUAGUUGAAGAUGUUGAGGAAUCCACACAGAGGGAAUUUAAGAUUGAGGAAGAAGGUAGGGUUGAAGUGGAGGAAGCCAGGGUUACACUAUGGGAAGAUAAAUCUAUUGAAGUUGAGGAAGGUGAAGUGCAGGAAGAGGCAAUUGUAGAAAAGACAGAUGAGCUACAAACAAUGGAAGUCAGCCAGGCAGACGUCUUAGAACUAGCAGAUGGCUUGAAUGAGAUUAAAGAAGAGCAAAGUGAGCAUAAAGAGGAGGAAAGUGGAGAUAAGAGUGAGGAAAAGUGUGAGGAUCAGUUGGAUAACGAGCCAGUUGUUGAAAUUGAAAAAGAACCAAAGGUUCCAGAGCCUGAGCCUGAAAUGGAAGUGGAGUCCCCAGAAAGACCCCCUCGACGAGAAAAGGAUCCAGAGAUAGAAUUUAUGUUCCAGCCACCAGCCAGCUAUGAGUCUCAAACUCAGCUGGAUAUCCACUUUAAUGCGGAUAAAGAGUAUGUGGCUGAAAAAGAGCCUGCUCCAAUAGCUGUUAAUGUGCCAGAGAUCCAGACAGAUCAGGUCCAACCUAUAGUCCCCGAACACAAAGAAAAAAGGAGCAGGAGUAGAGGCAGAGCUCGAGACAAAGUGGGCAAGAACAGGAGUCAUAGUAGUAGUAGCAGCAGCAGUUCUAGCAGUAGCUCCAGUUCUAGCAGUAGUGGAAGUAGCUCUAGCAGCAGCAGCAGUCAAAGUAGUUCAAGCAGCAGUAGCAGCAGCAGUGGAAGCAGCAGCAGAGACAGUAGUAGUAGCAGCAGUAGUAGUAGCAGUAGUGCAAGUCGAAGCCAUGGGAGAGGGCAUGUAAGAGAUAACAAGCGCAGGAGAAGUGUGGAGCACAAACGAAGAGAUGCAUCAGGCUUAGAGAGAAGUCACAAGCCUUCCAAAAUCAAUAGCAGAGACUCUAAAGGAUCCAAGGACAAAAAUUCACGGUCUGAUAGGAAGAGGUCCAAUACAGAAAGUGCAUGGUCAGGCAAAAGACCAUCCAGAAGUGAGAGAGACCGUAAAUCAGACAGAAAAGACAAAAGACGUUGACAGAUUUGAAGCGUAUGUACAAAUUAUAAUUUGAGCAGUAAUGACCUGCCCCUAAAGAAGAAAUGGUGCUGCCUUAACAGUUGCAUGCUACAAAUUGUUUGGAAAGCACACAGACUUUAUUUUUACCUUUUUGGCAUAAUUUUUUUUGUAAAUUUUAUUAAAAUGUGAGCUGACAAACUUGAAAUAAAGUGAAGAAAAGUAAAGCAUUGUAUUUAUCUUUGCCUCCUUUGUUAGCCCUUUCUCUUUUAAUAUUUUGUUCUGGGAACAGCAAGGAAAUUUUGGGAGUCUUUAAUAUUGUAUAUGGCAAGAAUAAAAAGUGUUGCUGAGGAAGAGAAUGUUCAUUGUCUCAUUCAUAUUUUUUUGAAUAACCUGUUUAUACAUACAUUGCCUCGUUGGCAGCAUUUAAAGGUUGCAUUUUCCAGAGCCUUUAGAACUAUGUAAGAUUCUUUUGCUGUACUUCUCUAUUUUUAUUGUGUUUGUUUUUUUGUUCUAUAUCCCUAUAUUCAUUUGAAAACAAAGUGUGAGACAACUAUAAUUGCUCGCCUUUAUGCAUGCAUCAUUUUUGUGUCUGCAUUCAAAUUUUAUAUGGUUGUCUGAGCCCCCUUUGUUUGUAGAGGUUAACAUUUUUUAUUUACUGAGAUCAGUUUAACAUUUCAAACUGCCAAUAUUUCUACAUAUUCAAAAGUGUAAUGACAUGGGGUCAACCCGAUGAAUUCAUUCUUAGGCACAUAUCAUUGAUUGACGCACAGGAAAGUUGUGCACAAAUUUGUGUAUUGUGCACUUUGUCCUAGUUCUGCCCAUAACUACGUUUCAACAUUAAUGCAGUACUAUACACAGGAUACAGAAUAGUUUAGAAUUAAUUGUGUGAAUACUCCAUGUUAACAAAGUUAGUAUAAACUGUUCAUAUAGUAAAUUUAUCUAACGGCAAAUGUCGCUGGUGUAGCCAAAUAUUUUAACAGCAUUGUAUUUUUUGUUUUAUUUUUGUAAUACAUCAAAAAAUUGUUAGCUGGUGAGUUAUAUGUAAAUAAAAUUUUUUUUUUAAAUGAA